GGGGCAGGCGAUGUCUGGCGGAGGAGAGGCCCAGCAUCCAGGCUCCCUUGGGGACCUGGGAUUCCAGGCCUCAGCCCCCUCCUCCUUCAGACCUGGGAGUCCGCAACCCAGCCCCCUCCCCCAGAAUCCGAACCCUUAGCCCUCUUUACCCCAGGACCCGAGAGAGACUGGGCCUCGGGCCUCUUUUUCCCUCAGACCUGGGAGUCCACAGCCCAGCCCCCACCCUUCACAAAACGGCGGAGUCCGGGCCCCUUGCCCCUUCCUCCCCCGAACCCAGGCGUCCCCACCUCCUCUUUAAGCCCCAGCUGGAUCCCAGCCCUCUGGGGGUUAAGGGGGCGGGGCCAGCCGGUUGCCAUGGUGCCAGACUGUUUGGGUCUGCUCUCUGACCCUUGGGGGCUCCCCAGGGUCUGCAGAGAGGGGGAGGGGGACCCAGACCUGAGGGAAGUCCAGCGCCAACCCCCUCCCCAAAUCGGGCCUAUGGGCCCAGGGAGUUCGUGUCUCCAUCAGCGCCGUGUCCGGUGACCUUGAACAAGUCCUGACGGUUUUCUCUGCGUCUCAGUUUCCCCAAGGAGAAAUUUUGGGGGGGCGUGGGGAGAUGCUCGGGUCCUGCAAAUCUUUAAGAUUCUCAGCUCCCCUCUCACCCCCUCCUCAGGCCCCAGGCAGCCCCGGGGCAUGCUGGGAACCCGGCCUGGGCUCUGGGCCAGGUUGUGGGGGGGCGGGGGCAGCCUCCUCCCUUCCCCUUCCUCCCCACCUUGGCCUGACUCUCGCCCCCGCCUGAGGGUCUGGGAGGUUGGGAAGGAGGGAAGGGGGAUGAGAGCCGGACCGACUCUGGCCCCCCAUCUCCUCCUUUCCUCCUCCGCCCCCUUCCCGCCUCUCCUCCCCCUCCUCAGCAGGUCGCUACCCCAGCCCUGGGCCCCUUCUCCAACCACCCCCACCCCACCCCCAGCUCCAGACCUGGCUCUGAGCUGCGAGGGGGAGGGAGAGAGGGAAGGAGAAAGACAGAGAGAGAGAGAGAGAGAGAGAGAGGCGAAGAGAGAGGCAGAGAGGGGGCGAAGGAGAAGGGAGGGAGAAAGAAGGGGGUGGGAAGGAAGGGAGGAAAGAGACAGAGGGAGACAGAGAUGGAGAGAAAGGGAGAGGAGAAGGGAGACGGCCAGAGACAGAGACAUUGAGGAAGAAAGAGACUGAGAGCAUGAGAGACAAAGAGAGAGGGAGGGAGGAGGACAAGGGAGGAAGAAAGACAGAAGGGAAAGAAAAAGAAUAAGGAAGGAGGAAAGAGGGAGAGGCCAUCUGCGAGGGAGAGUGCCGGAACCAAGGAGGGGAGAAACAGACUGAGCGAGGCCGAGAGAGAAGGCCGAGAACGGGGAAUGAGCAAUGCGGAGCCGGGAGAAACAGACGCAGAAGGAGGUAGAGACCAGGUAAGCUGGGCGCUGACGCGGACACCAGGCGCAGCAGGAACAGACAGCAGGAGGAGACAGCCAGAAAGAUGGAGCUAGAGCGAGGGACAGACACAACUGGACGGAGGGACCGACCUGCUGCCUGCAGGUGCACAGACGGGCUAAAGGUUAGCCCUCGGGUGGGGAGGCUGGGUGCCCGCCCCGGAGCCUACCAGGCCCGGCCCCUCCCACUUGCUCUGGCCCAGCCUCUCCCCCUCGUGGGGCAGUGCGGAGGCCUUCUCACCUGCCCAAUGGGGGGAGCCGACAGCACCUUACUAGGCCUGGGGCAGUGUUAGCGCUCAGGGAUCAUAGCUGUCAUCAUUAUAAAUGAUGGGAGGCCAAAAGAAGAAAUGAGAGAGGGGAAGAAUAUCCAGAGAUGUUCGAAGGUUUCAUAUCCCCGCCUCCGCCCUAGUCCUGGAUUCCAGAAUCUGACAGGUAGGUAGGGAGCUGCUUGCCCCAGGGGCCCAACUCCAAAACAGGUGAGGCUCCCUCUGACUCUGCAUCCGGGAAGCCGGGCCAUGCCUCCCCCAGGGAGGCAGGCCUGGCUGGACUCCCGGGUCUGAGGGAGGAGGUGGCUGGGGGGGCCUGGAUUCCAGGGCCCUUUGAGGAGGAAGGGACUAGGGGCCUGAACUCCUGGGUCCCUGCUGAGGAAGGGGCCAAGGGACUGAUUCCUGGGUUCCUUGGGGAGGAGGGGGCCGGGGGCCCGGAUUCCUGGGUCCUGGCACCCACCCGUAGAACCGACCUUGCGGGGCCUUCGCCGCACACAAGCUCGAGUCUGUGGGUCCGUGUCGGGGGCUCACCAUCGCGGCUGGGGUCUUCCCGGCCCUCCCCGCCCUCCCUGGUCCUCCUGGCCCCCAUCUGUCCGUCCAUCCGUCUGUCUGUCCACCUGCCGCGCCCCCCGGGCUGAGGUAGGAGGUUGUAUAGUUGAGGAGGACACCCACGGAGAUCACUAUACGGCCUCCUAGCUUUCCCCAGGCUGCGCCCUGCACGGGACGCCCGGCGGGGACCCCAGCCCCGGACCGCUGCCCCAUGCCGGGGGGACCCUGGGUGGAGGAGCUGGGCUGUCUCUCCGUCUCCACUGUGUCUCUGGAGUCUUCUGUGUGUCUGCACAGCGGCCUCUCAGACGCUGUCUUCAUCUCUCUCUUACUGUGUUUUCUGGCAUCCCUCCAUGUCUCAGCUCCUGUCUCUCGGGAUCUCACAGUAUCUCUGUGCCAUCUCCACUCUGACCCCACACCCCCACCCCACGCCAGCGCCUGUCAGGCCACCCCAUACCACACUGCCGGCCUCUGGGUCCCUGAGACCCUUUAACCUGUGAGGACAUCCAGGGUCACAGGUGAGGUUCUUGGGAGCCUGGCGUCCGGACCAACCACAAGCCUGGGGAUUGCCCACCUGACCCCUGACCGCUCACACCCUUUCUCCCGGAAAACCCAGAGCUUGACGUUUGGCCAGCCACAGAAAUCCGACCUCUGACCCUAGACCACGUGCCCCUCCCCCCCCACCAUGGUGACCUCACAAAGGUCACCAGCUUCUCCCCGGGCCUAGACCCUCCGCUAUGGCCCUGCUGGCCCAAGACAGCGCUGUCCCGUGUGCCCUGGUGGCCCUCACGGUCUUCAGGGCCCCCGCCUGGGCCUGUCUGAUCUGCUUCACAUCCUAUAAGGAACGCACCCGCAUCUGCCACAUCUUUGCUGGCAUACAGGGCCCCGAGCUGGAGAAGUGUCAGGAGGCAUUCAGCAGCGCCUUUGCGGACCUCGCCGACAUUGAAAUCAACUACGAUGAGAGAAGCCAUCUGCAUGACGCCUUCACCCAGAUGACCCACUCUCUCCAGGAGAUAGCUGCCGCUCAGGGCUCCUUUAACAUUGCUUUCCCUGAUGCUGCCGAGAAAAUGCGGAAGGUCAUUAUGAAGCUUAAAGGAGCCCAGGCCUGCGUCCCUCCCUGCGGGUUCCAGGAUGUCGCCCGGCGUUUCCUCUGCUACGGGUGCUACUCCAAGGCCUGCAACUUCCCGCUGGACUGCCCAGGUGAGAGGCGGGGCCUGGAAGGAGAAGAAACGGACUUGACGGUGACUCGGGGUCAGCAGGCUAAGUUCUCCUGCACUGUGAACUUCCAACUGCCUAAGGAGGAAAUCACCUAUUCCUGGAAGUUCGCAGGAGGAGGUCUCCGGACGCAGGACCAGUCCUACUUCCGAGACAUCCCGCGGGCCCAAGGAUACCUGGCGCGGAUCCGGCCGGUGCAGCCCACGCACAGCGGGACCUUCUCUUGCUCCGUCCUGCACGACCAGCGCCCAGUGGCGCGGCUCUACUUUUUUCUUAACGUGACCAGUGCGCCCCCGCGUGGGGAGAUCGAGCUCCAGGUCUCUUUUCGGAACGUGCUGCGCUGGGCGCCGAAGGAGACGGAGACGUUGGAACCGUGGAGGCCAAGCCUGGGCGAGCUGCUGGCCAGGCCCGAGGCUCUGACGCCGGGCAACCAGUGCCUGCUCGCGGCCCUCGCAGCCGUAGCAUCAGCCAGUACGACCCUUAUGGUGUGAUUCUUUCCAUCUUUGAAGGUGGUCAGUACUGUCGCAGGUAGCAGAAGAGGCAGCGUACCCAGAUACGUUCAGGCGGAUAGGCUCCUAAUGACGGGAGUAUGUAGAGUUGUCACAGUGCAAGGGCCGGUGCUGAGGGCUUUAGGUGCAAGCCCAGACCCCUCCCGGGAUUUCUGGCAGCCUGCAGAAGACACCCUCAGAUAGAGUCCUUGAUGUCUCCUUGAAAGCCCGUGCCUCCCUGAGGCUUUCCUGCUAAAGGCGCCCCCGUCCACCUAGCUGCUCCCCCAGAAACCUAAGUUUAAUUCCUCCUCCUCUCCGGUUUUCAUGCCUGAGCCUUUUUAACUCCUAAACAUCUUGUGCAGCUGCCCUCUCUCUGUGGUCCCAGUCACCAUCAUCUCUUGCCUAGAUCACCGCAGCAGCAUCCCCACUUGCCCCCCUGCCCCGACUCGGCCUUGCCCCACUGCAGUCCACCUUCCACAUAGCAGCCAGAGUAAUAUCUUAAUGUAUGUCAGAUCAGGGGCGCCUGGGUGGCUCAGUCCGUUAAGGGUCCAGCGCUGGAUUUUGGCUCAGGUCAUGAUCUCACAGUUCAUGGGAUCGAGCCCUACAUCAGGCCCUGUGCUGACAGCAUGGAGCCUGCUUGGGAUUCUCUCUCCCUCUCUGCUCCUUUCCCCUGUUCAUGCUCUCUCUCAAAAUAAAUAAAGUUAAAAAAAUAA